UUCAGCUGAAAAACGUGGACAGACAGCUUUUAGUUUAUCACUCUUCUAAUUCCCAUUGUUGGACAUUCUCUACAUUCCUUGUUUUGUCCACAGGGGGGGAGUAAAGAGUCGGGGCUCCUUGAUAAGAAUCUAAAAGUGCAUUUUGUUUUCCCGUCAGUUAAAAUGACACUAGCUCUAGCUGCCAGGGCCGUUCCCUCCAUCUAAUGUAUCUGAUCGAAAGGAAAAGUUUUUCAUUUAGUCUCCGCGGUAGUGUUGUGAAGAGAAGGCUGCUGGAGAAAAAGGCGGGUGUGUAGGCGGACAGCGGCAGCAGACAGAGAGAGACGGAAGCUCAGACACGGAGCUGUGGUCGGACUGGAGGAAGGAGGCUGAGCGCCGACAUCUACCGGGAAGAAGAGCGCAGCAGCCGGACGCCACAGCAGAGGACAUGAUGAGACUUCCGCUGGACGCCUGCCGCCGACACCGCAGCGUCAGAUAACUAACUUCUAAGCUCAGAUGGGACCCAGAUGAAUGGACUUGCCGGGUUUAUCCAGACCGAGACACGGAUAAAUGUCCAGUCUUUGUGUUAGCGGUGUCGCUUGGUACCGUGGUCCCGUCUCCACAGGGAGCCCCCCCCUCCAUUUCUGCUCUCGGAUGAAAAUAGCCAGGGAUGGAGGAUGCGUCUCUCAGCAUUUAAGCACAGCAGCAGAUUCUUAAGUUUGACUGCAGAAGCCGAUGGGACGGACACAGCUGAGGCAAGAGGCGAUGGGCAGCGCAGUAAAAACGUGACGAUAGCCGCCAGGAGCCGCUGUCUGACGGACAGACGUUACGUGGAGAGGAAGCCGCUGUUCACCGAGGAGAGCCAUGGGUCCAUUUUAAAGAGCCGGCCCCAGAAGCUUCCAGAGAAGGAGGAGCCUUCAGGAGAAGACGCCAACAUGAGGCACCAGCUCCAACCAGCGCAGACUCUGCUCCCAGAGAGCCAUGGCCUCUCUCUAAGUGACCUUUCACCUCCCACAGCCUCUGGAGAAGAACCCAGCUCACCCUUGACUGUUCCAGAACUUCAGGCCCGGCUGUGCCACAGAAAGCCCACUACAGGAUCGCCUUUUCAAUGCAGAUCAGCUCAGCGAAGCUUCUCAAGUUCGGUUCUUGAGGUCCAGAGUAUAAAUCCUCCUCUGAGGCCACGGCUGACCUCCACAGUCCUUCAUCCGACCUACACUCCACGCUCACGGCACCCCAGACCGAGCCAGACCCACUUCAGACCCAGUGAAGGGAGUGGUGUGGAAGGGGCAACGCCAAGUUCUCCCGGGGGGAACUCUAAGCAGAACGCUGGGUGCUCCUUCCAGGUAGACUACUGGGCCUGUGCCAUUCCUAAAGCCCUGCCUCCUUCUCCAGACAGGAAGUCCGCUGCUUGGAAUCCAAACAAAGAGUAUGAAGCGCUGCUGGACUACACGUACCCUCUGAGGCCGGGACACGUCACCAGUGAGUGGAACCGCUCCGAGCUACAAGCAGACUCUCUUCUAAGGAGUGACCCGAACACGAAGGACUCAGGGAUUGAAUUGGACCACUUCUGGAGUUCUGCCAGCCUGUCAGGGUUGGACGCUUCUGACAGCGGAGAAGGAGUGAGCCGAGACAGAAGCUCCCUGUGUGCCGAGUACAGGACACCAGACCGGCAGCUUCACCCCAGAACCUCAGAUGUUCCACCCUGCAGUACACCACUCUCCCUUUCCAAUGGCAUCAGUUUGUCCCUGGACAGUUUGGACUGCAGGACGGACAGAGCUGGGACCAGGGAUGGCUAUGAUCAUCAGCACCAUGCAGUGGCCUCUUCCUUUUCCACCGCUUUCACCCCUUCCACCACCCUUUUCCCACGGCCCAGAUGGGUUGGUGGAGACGUGGAUGAGGAUUUCUGGCCUCUUCCGGAGCAGCUGGAUGAGCUGCAGCAGCUGUCCAGACAGGUCAGGGAGGUGACGGCCCAGCUAAGCCCACCCAGCUGGACAUCUCUGAACCGGGACACCUCCUCCAUCCUGUCCUCCGUCACCUUUCCCCAGAAACCUGGUGCAGGAGGGCAGACUAAAGAGGUGGUGCAGGACAAACAGGAUUCAAAUGAGAGUGUGCAGAGAAGUGCCGCUCACAUAGCAGCAGGCGGGGUGAGGGACUCUGAGACUUUGAGGAACAGUGUUGGUGCCGGUCUGGACCGUGAAGGAGGAGGACUGUGUCUGGCUGGACUCAGGGAGUGUUUGGUGAAGCAGCUGUCCGGCCCCACCCUGCCUGGCAGCCAGGAGCAGAAUGACUCCCUGAUGAAACACAUCCAGGUGUUCUGUUCACAGCUGGAGCUGCUCAUCCAGCAGCUGUAUGCCCUCUCAAAGAGCAUGGAGGAGAUUGCGGCUCCUGCUGGGGACAUAGACAGUGUGAAGUCCUCUCUGGCUGACUAUCAGAGCUUUCAGAAGGAGGUGAGCAGCCAUCAGCCCCUGACCGCCUGUGUUCUGCAUGCUGGACAGCAUCUUCUCAGCUGCAUCAACGGCACCUCUCCCUUUUUAAGAGACACACUGCUGCUCAUUGAGAGGCAGUCUGGAGCUCUGCAGACACACUCAGACCACCUCUUCUCCUCCAUCCUGUCAGCUAUGGACACCCUGGACCUGUCCACUCACCACAGUUCUGUUCAGUCGGGAGAAGAGCAGAACUCUGCUGGAACCUAAGAACUCCGGUUUGAGGACAGACCUUGAAAGGGACAACUUUACCUGUUUUCUGACUUGUUUCCAACAGUUCUAAUUGUUCUCUACAACAUGCUUUCAAAGGCACAAGUGACAUUUUUAUAAUUCAGGAAUCAGGACCGAUACACGGCCCUAAUUACUCCUAAAGGACUGUUUGUUUUUUAAGAAUUAAUCUGAAAAACGGGGCCUCAUGGGAAUGCAUUUUUAAACUUAAGGAAUAUGCCUGCAUAACCCCCCUCCCCCAAUGUCUCCAUGGACAAGCCUAGAACACCUCAGGAGGCAUUCUAAUCAAAUGACCCUGAACCACCUCAUCUGAUUAAACAGCUUUACUGUUAACUAGAUUUCCUUAUAUCAUUUCAUCACGUGGUAUUGUAAGAUAUGUUAUAAUAUUUUUUUUUAAGAUGGUUCAUUUAUAUUUUGAAAGAGAAAUAGCCCACAGCCUCACAGAUCCUCCACCACACCUAACAGUGGGCAUACGGAGCUUUUCCACAUAUUUAUAGUUUAUUUCACACCAAACUCAGCUGGAGUCUUUGUUACUGAAGGUCUUCUUUGACCAAAGCUCCCAGUUCCAGGUAAAGUCUUUAAAAAAAACAAACGACAUGUUUCCACCUGGGUUGGUAGGACAGAAAAGGCUAUAGGCAGUCCUAAACAACGGGUUGUCAUGGAAAUAGUCUAAUGGUUGUCAUGGAGACUCCAAAAUGCUGCUCCUUGCUGCAGUUCAGCAACAGUGAUCUGCUCACUGAGCUCAGUGGAGGAUAAAUAUGAGUCCUUGUUCAGCCCAGUGGUCAGUGGCUUACAAGAAUCCAGAUUCACUUCGAUUCACUUCGAUUCACUUUAAUUAUAUGGCGUCAAUUAAUACAAAGUGAUUCAACAGACCUCUGUGUACCCUCAUAUAUGUACCCCAGGGAAACAGGCAGUUAUGAAAUACUAUCCAGAGGCUCCUAGAAACCCUGAUCAUUUAAAAAAGUAAAGGAUGGAUUUAAAAUGCUUUGGUUUCAUUUAUUUUAAGAGAAUUGCUUGAUGUAUAAAUAAUUGCUCCAUCACUGAUUUUAUUAAAAGCGCUUAUUUAACAUGGAAUUUUCCCCACUGACCAGAUGUCCUGAAAUAAAAGCCAGGGUUUUUCUUUUCCUGUUCAGAGUGAGAUUAUGUUUCU